UCAGGCCGUAUGCUCCUUGCUUAAACCCUAGGAAGCUUCACGAUGCCUGAUCCACCGAAAAGAGAUCCCAAAGAGCCGACUCCGUUGGUGCUUAUGAACCCGGAGCUCCGUGUUCGUCAGCUUCGUUACGCAGCAAACAUUGAGGCCAGCCAAAUGGUUCCGUUGGCUAGAUACUACGAAGUGCUAAUCGAUCUUUCUGCAAUGGGCCUCGAAUAUCUAAAAUCAAUGAAGCUUGAACGUGCAUUUAUCAUAUUCAAACGUAUCGAAUAUUUCAUUUAUCACCGUCUACUCAAUCAUACCGGCUACAAAACCUUCGAAUCAGCUGCAAAAGCUCAAAUAAUGCGUCGAAUUCCAAUGAUAAUGUAUGUCGCCCAACAGCUUAUCAUUGAUUUUGUGAUGCCUGUCUAUGAACGACAGGCGGCCUAUUUCCGAUAUGAAGAGCUUCAGCGACGGCUUAAAAUUCUGAAUCCAGACGCUUGGCGGAUGUAUAUGACGGAAUUCGCUCAGAGAGAAGCACAGUUUUAUCGGGAAGCUGAACGAAUUUCUACACGAUUUGGUGUGGAACUUCAGAGCUUUUUACCUCAGGAAGUGCUCCCCGAUGAGCAUCAUCCGUCGAAUUUUCCGCCGAGAACUUUUCCCGUCGGGACGUUGAAUAAACCAAAAACCAAUGAACAAAUGUCGGCUUCACGUAUUUUGGAUGCAGCAAUACUUGCAAUGAAUACAAAUACAAAUUUACCGCCAAUUGCUGGAGAUCAACCAGUUGAUACACUUAUUCGAAAUAUUAAUUCAAUGAUGAACAAUGCGUUGACCAACUUUUUUCAGACGAAAAAUCAAGAGGAACAGGAAAGAGUUUUCAGAGAAGCAUUCCCCGAUUUUAUGCGUGCAAUGGCAAUUCCACACGAUAAGGAUCUAGUGCUCGAGCUUCCACAAUCAGCCGAUUGUCGGAACACUUAUUCGCCACGUGUCGGCCAUAUGUACGGAGUCCCGCCAGGAGGAUCAGCAGCAGCCGACGCUUUACGGGUUCCCCAGGCUGAAGAGCACCGGCAACCUGGAGAAUAUCAGCCAAAACAGUCACUGGAUACGUAUAUCGGCUUGCUCACAAAGACUUUUGAGCACAAUUCGGCGGAUGCUACUGGCUACAAGGUUCUACAGUAUCAGGUAGAUCAUACGACAUCGCCGAGCACCGCCGGAUUUAUGCUCUUUUUGGAUCCAAUUGUUCCAGCAGCGGUUCAGCAGGCUUCAGCUCCACCGCCGGCUCCUCCUCAGCUUCAGGGAAUUGAUUUGGCGACGAUUUUGCAGUCUUUUGGGGCUCCGGGAGCAGCUCCUCAGAUGAUCCCUGAACUGGACCCCGGGCCGCCUCGGCUGGGCCCUCCAACCCUCCCACUGGUGCCUCCAAUCAAUCCAGUUGAAACUGAGAGUUCACUUGGAGUAUGGGCAAAACGUGGUGGAGCCCGUGAUGGUCUUGGAAGCCUUGGACUCCUCUCGGAGUUGGAUCGGGCUCGAGAUGUGCUCGACGCGGUGCCCCCGCUACCGCCUGGUGGGAUUCAUGGAGCUCAGCAGCAGCAGCAGGCUGUUAGAAAACGACCGGAUUCACACCAGCAACAACAAUCGGAGGAGAAUCGGAGGAAGAGAAUGUCCACUGGAGCGAGGAGUGAUCUCGGAUUUGGAGGCCCCGGGCCCAGUGGAAGUUAUGGACCACCACAAUGAACAUUUUGACAUCUACUUUCUACAUAUUUGUGCAUAAUUUUUCCCCCUUUUUUUCACUUUACCCACACACAAAAAAUUCCCCAAAAAAUCAUGUAAAUCCGAAGAUUUUGAUUUAAAAAUCGAUAAAAUCGAUCGAUUUCAGCUAAAAAUGAACAUUUUCAGAUACUUUUAAGCCGAAAAUCGGAAAAAUUUGAAGAUUUUGACCGAAAAUUCGAUAAAUUUCAGAAAAUCAAAGUUUGGAGCUUUUAAUCCCAAAAUGAGCAUUUUCAAGGAUUUCUGAGCUGAAAAUCUGAAAAAUUUGAACAUUUUGACCUAAAAAUUAGCAAUUUCGAGAGUUUUCAGCCCAGAAAAAUGGAUUUUCAAAAAUUUCGCCAAAAAAAAAGCAAAAAAUGCAAAAUUUUCCAUUCAAAUUCAAGAAUUUUGAAUGAAAAAUUUCAAAGAAAUUCGCACCAAAAAUUGCUUUAAAAUCGUGAAAAUUACGACUAUUUUUCACUCAAAUAUUCAAAUCUCCCGCCGACCGCAUAUUUUGUACUGUAUUUAUUUUUUUCUGAAAUUUUCCACUAAGAAAUGUGAAUACCCUCCAUAUUUCCACCAUUACCCUUUCAGUUUUUCAUGUACUUUGUUUCCCCAGCCCAGCCGCCCAGCUCUCCAUAUUCACCAAUAUUUCAACGGGUUUUCCAAAAUUAUUUUAAAUUUUUUCCACAAAUUUUUUUUUCCUAACUUAUCAUGAAUUUAUGCUCAAAUUUUUCGCGAUUUCCCCUGAAUUUUCGGUGAAAAUCCACUUAUAUCUGAAGGCUUUUUUUAAAUCGAUUUUUGUGAAUUUAAAAAUUUUAAAUCA